UCUUGAAUCCUGCGUGCAGAUCUGAUCGCCCCAUCUCAAAAAAGAGACAUUGGAAUUGGAAAAGGUUCAGAGAAGGUCAGCAAAAAUGAUGAAGGAUAUGAAACAGCUUCCGUUUGAGAAACAGACGGAAGCCGAGAGGCAGAAGAUUGUCUGGGAGUGGAAGGAGCUGCGAGGGUUUCUGGAGGAGCAGGAGCAAUGGCUGCUGUCUUGGCUGGAGGAGCUAGAGAGAGCCAUUGUCCACAGAAGGGAUGAGGGUAUCUGCAACCUGUCGUGGGAGAUUUCCCUGCUCAGCGAGAUGGGAGGAGAGAAGGGGCAGCAGCCGCUGAGCCAAUCCCUGCAGGUCAGGUUGUUAUUGCAAUGAUCAUACGCAGUGUUUCUAUAGGUGCUUCUGAGUCCUAGACCCCAAAGCACUUUACAGAGUGGGGUCAGGGGCAUUAUCCCUCUGGGACAAAUGGGGAAAGUGAGGCAGAGGGAGAGGCAGAGCCCUGCCCAAGGUCACACUGAGUCUGGCAGCGGCGCUAGGGAUGGACCCUGGGAGUCCUGGAUGCUUCAGCCCCAAGACCUUCUCUCCUGGAAAUGUCUGUCUGCAUUUGCACUUGGAGGGUGAAAUCCCCUCCCCCACCAUGCUGAGGUCCCGAGCCAGGCCUAAGGCCCCUCUCACGGCAGGUUAAUGGGUUUAAUGGGGCCAGGGGUCUUCUGGGUCUCUCAGCACUGGAAGGAAUUUGAUUCUCAAUGCAGAGAAAUAUCUUUGGCCUGUUAAGUGCCCGGGGAGAAGUUUUCCACAGUGGUGACGUGACCGCAGGGAUUUCUGGGGCUGCGUAGGGGAAAGUUCCUGGUGGGGGGCAGCUGCUCUGGGAAUGUAAACCUGAAAUUCCCCUACUACCCAAGGCUUCAAUAGUGACUCCUGCAGAGCAGGAGGCCUCCCCACACAGCGACACUCCCCCUGAUGGCCUCCUCUUUCUCUCCCUCUUUAGGGUGCUGGGAGCACUGAGGGUAGGUAAGUUCUGGGCUCCAUUUCGCUCCCUCUCAUGGGCUGCUAGGUUUGAUAACUGCACUGAAUAGGAAGCUACCCCCUGCCCUUGGAGCGUGUGAUUCUGUCUCCCCUAGUGGCUGACUCGGGUAGGAGAAGAGCCAGUUACUGUCUGAUCGCUCAUGAAGUCACAGCAGGGCUGCUAGAGCCAGGGCCGAUGGGACAGACCAGGCCUGUUUCCUGGACUGAUGUGGCCAC